AUGUCGCUGCAAUUUCUCGACAUCUGUCAGCUUUUCGAGCAACUGUCGUCCUUGAAAAGUCCUGAAAGCCGCGAGUUAAACCUUCAGGAAUGGUUUAAGCAGCAUCAAAGUAGCAUACAACGUCGAGGAGCCCCUGCUCUGGCUCUUUUGUCUUGCUUAUUUCCGGAGAAACGGGCUGAUCGGGUAUAUGCGUUGCGGACAAAACAGCUUGAGCAUAUGGUCACCAAAGCGGCUUGCUUAGGUCACUCUCGUGUCUCCGAGCUGCGGCGCCUACAAGGCCGUAAUGGGAUUGAUUUUGCCUCUGCGGCCCAACAGGUUCUUUCGGCGACGGACGAUUUUUCGAAUCCACCCCGAUCACUCACUGUGGAAGAGGUGGACCAUACUCUGGACCGAUUGGCAUCUACUUGCGUAUUCCCGUCGCCGAAGCUUCAGGGAUCCAUCACCAUUGGAUACAUUGAGGCCUUCGACGAACUGCUCCCCGUAUCUCCGCCUCCCAACCUGGAGAGAUCGCUGAAAGAAUCGGCCCGUGCUGAGAUCGAGCCCUGUUUCGGGACGAUGAUCGGACUCCAAGAACUUGGCAAGACCCGUAGCAUCCAACACUGUUGCCAGCUGGCCAGCCACAAAGAAGUCAGCGUGCAGAGGAAGUAUGAUGGCGAAUACUGUCAGAUUCACAUCAGUCGCACACAUUCUCAGCACCACAUCACAAUCUUCUCCAAGAAUGGUCGAGAUUCGACCAUGGAUCGUGUCGGAGUGCACAAUACCAUCAAGUAA